UCCAUCCCAUCGUCCUCAUCAGCCGCUGCUCCUCCCUUCGGUUCGUCUUCUCCUUUCGUCCUCCUCUUUCUCUCGUUGCCUUGACCUUUUAGCUCGACUUCGGUCUCCGAUUCUUCUUCGGCUUGUUCUACCUUGGGCGAAGAACUUCCCCGUGAUUUGAGGGUCGAGGGUUUCGAUUGUCUUCCGCUGGAUUCGAAGAUGAACGAUUCCGGAAUCCGAUUGAUGUUCUUUUUGCUCCUUCUUGUUCUUCGGAUCGAGAUUAGGGUGGUUGCAGUGGAUUGUGUGCUGCUGCUGUUGGCAGAUGCUCGCAUGUCGGGUUGACAACGAGAGAGAGCACGCCGGUCCGCAAUCAUGGGAGCGGCCAUGGCUGUGUGUACCAGCGUGCUCUUUCUCGUCGUCACCUGGCUCGCUCGCCCUCGUGAUGGAGCGUCUUCUUUGCCCGGAAACCCUCCAGGUUUGUUUCUUUAUCGCUUCGAUCCCCGGCCAUUCAGUUUCCCGUAUGAUUCGUUCUUGUCCAUCGUUCGAUAUUUCUUGUUAGUUGCAUUCGAUUUGUGAAAUCAUGGUGAUCGGAGUUCGAUAUAGGCCAAGUUGAGAACUUUCUUUCUUUACUUCUUUAGUCUUUUUUAUCCUCAAAAUUUGGACUUUAGGAUCAUUACUCUCUAUGUAACGCACACGUUUUCUAUCCCGAAGCCAGUAGUUAGCUUCUCCAAUGGUUUGGAGCUUCAAUCUCUCUAGUUUAAGUGAAUGCUCAAUUUAGCUAAAUAAAAGCAUGAUUUACUGGUCUAAUGCUCAACUAUUGUUGUUUAUGCUUCUUUCAAAUCAAUAUAUGAUCAGGAACGAUCCAGCUCUACGUGUUUCCCUUUCAGUAAUCCCUGCCAUGAAUUACGAUGAAUUUGAUUAUAAGGUGACAUAGCUUGAGGGAGUACCUAAGAUACAUGAACUAUUCAGCAAAACAUUUCAAAUUUUAUGUGCCUUAACAUAUAGGAUAAUUCACAUCUAAUCCCAACUUUUCAUUUACUACACUUUAUACUAUUUACACUAGUUAUGCAUUAGUGACACUGCAGUUGCUCAUACAGUCUUCUCCAGUUCACGUUGUUGCAUUAUGGCUGUUUAUGCUGUCGUCCAAUUUUGGACUUGAUAUCUAGUAUCAGUAAUGUUUUUUUGCGUAGAUUAAUUGGUAAUGAAGUUUUUCCUGCCUAUUGUAUCUUUGGAAUUCAAAUUCCACAUGUUUCUUUUGGUUCUAGAUUUGGCAGGUAUCUUCCCUAUUGGACAGGACAGCUAUAAACUAUUUACACUUGAUUUCCUGUUAAAUGAAUACACUAGAAGGCAGUUUUCUGCCCUCAGCUUGUCUUGUUUAUACAUCACAGGAAUAAAAGUGUCGUUCGUAUUCUGUGUGAGAUACAUGCACCUAAAAGCUUUCAAUUUAUUAGACUAUUUUCAAUUUGCAUUUUUCUCAUAUAAUCUAUAAUUAUUUUUUACCUGUUUCAUUUUUUACCAUCCAUAUAAUGACAGCUUCUUCUCUACAAAGUUGACUUUUCAUCUACUGUCGGGUACUGUUGUUAGUCUGGUUCUGUGUGUUUCCUUUUUUAAGGGCAAAAUUAUUUUAUCUUUCAACAAGUGUGGAUCGGGUUGCUUGUCAUAAGAACUAUGAUCACAAAAAUUUUUGUGGGUAUUGUGGAGUCUAAUGACAUUACUUACAUAUCUAAUUGUCUAAACAUUCUUUUAUGGUAUGUAUCCAGUACAUCUGGUUUUUUUGUUUCUAAGAACUUUUGUCAUUUGAUUUAGGCAGUGUAGGAAUAAAAAUUUGGUCUCUAGAUAAAUAUUAUUGGUUGUUAUCUAAAUCUAUGAUAUUUUUACUGAAUUAAACAAGCAUGUUUGUCUGAGUCAAAAUGUAAAUUCUGUAUACAGCAAUUAUAUUAAAUUGACAUAAGCAUGCAAUCAUUAAAAAAUAUUACCGAGAAGGAUUUAUAAGUGAGUUUUAAGAGGUUCUGUGAAACUAGCAUAGCAUCAGGAGAAAAUAUUACAUAAUUUUGGAUGAAAUAAUUAACAUUGUAGACAAAUAUGGAUGACUUGUGAAGCAAAAUUUAUGAAUGACAAUGACACUGCAGAAGCAAAUUCAAGAGUGAUGUAGGCAUAGCAUCACUUUGAGUACAUCUUGUUACAUUUUGCAAGAAUGCAAGUGAUAAGUGUUUAUGUUAUUAGAAACCUGAAUGAUCUUUUAAAGGGUAGAAGUUGACAAUUUAUACUACUUAUCACAUAUGAUGAAGGAACUGUAUAGCAUAUGUGUUUUCAAGAAUAUCUGACUACUCAACAUGGACUGGUUUUCACAUAUUUAACAAAUAAAACAAAGGCGAGGAAAGAAAUUGUUCAACUUAUUGAUGCAAGUUGAACAACAAUCUCAAGAUUUAUGAAGUCUAUUAUAGUUUGAUAUCUUUGUAGAUGCUGGAACUAAAUAUUUGAAAGAUAAGCAAGUUGGAUAAGUUAUAUGUUAAUUUGUUGUGUGAUAGUAAAUAUUAUAUUAAGUUGGAAUUUUAUGGCUAUGGUUCUGUUUAUAGGAAUUAUCUUCUUAUUUGGAGAGAUAAUCAACUACAUGUGAGUACAAAAAGCCAUGUUUCCACAUGGUUGAAGAUAUACGCUAUUGCAUAGAUAACUGAAAUUUGGUAGAUAUGCAUAGUUGGAAUCUGUAACAAUGAUUGACCAGCAUGUUUGAAAGAAUAAUAUUCAUGUAAUAACUUCAAAAACAAAGAUGAAUUUUACUAAAGAGUUACAUGUUCCAGAACAAAAAGGUAUCUCUGAGAAGUACUAUCAUCCGUCAUUAUUGAGUCUUCAAAUUUAUUAAAUGCAACAGGAGACAAGAAAAUUCCAAAGUUAUGCAACUUUGCAAUGUUAUGCAACAGAGUUUGAGAGCACUUUUUUGUAAUUUAGCUUGAUUGUUAUGGUAGUGUCUAAAGAUUGAUAAAGGCUAGAAAUAGUCAUCACUUUAAUAGACAAUCUAACUUCUAGUUCUAGAAGUGAAUAAUCUUUGAUGAAACAUCUUGUGUAUAUAACAUUGUUUAAGAUCAACUUCCUUUGAAGUUUGAACUGUAAUACCAAUAAUUGUCAAAACCACAUAGCAGGAGGAUGAUAUCAUAUUUGUUAAUAGUAAAAGUUAUAAUAUCUGGUAACAGGUUUUGUUUACAGGACAGGAUUGAGGAAGUGCUGGUUUUUAUUUCAUUAUUGUUGCAUUGCAAACCAAGAAAUCAAGCAGUUGUUAAUGCUCAAACAAAAUCACUAUCUCCAAAUAUGACAUGCAAAUGUGAAAUAAGAUUGAAUGACAUAGAGAUGGCCUUUGUAGGAUUGAUAGUGGAUUUGGUCAUGGAGAUUUUAGAUUGGGCAUUUACGAGGUUAUCUAAGGUGGAUAGCUAUAUAAUGAAUACUCAUAUGCAUUUAAAUGAAAGACUUAAGAGAUGCAACUUUUACAUGAUAAUUUUGAAUUUCACCCCUUAGCUUUUAUUUCUUUAAAACAGAAGGGGAGAGAGAGAGAGACUUGCAAGAUACAUGAGGAUUAGCAGGACCAUGUUUCAUUCUUAACUAUAAAACAAAUUUUGAUUUAGGAAAUAAUACAAAAUGUUAGAAUUUUAAUACAUUUUUUAUAAAAAGCAUACACUUCUCUCAAACCUAACUUUUGAUAUAAAUGUAACGAGAGGCAGAUACCCAUAACAUGAUUCUGUUCCCCAUUCUCUGUGUUCCUCUCCUUGUUUUAUUGUUGUCCUCAUCCUCAACCGAGAAUUUCUGUCCUGUUUAUUUUCCCAUGCUUUUUAUUCCUACAAAGUGGUGAUUUUUUAUGGAUAUAUGGUGUUAAACCUAUAAAUGAAGUAAAUUAAAACCUUUUUUUCUUCUGACGAACUAGGACCCUGUGAAGUAAAUCAAAACAUUAAUAAAAUUAGUUGUUUUGAAGUGUAAUGGUGUUCACCUCGUGUGUGGGGUAGAUCUAACCCUCCAAUAGAGCACUUCAGUUCAGCGACUGUUGACAGAUUUCCUUGACUUUUAUUCUAGACUGUGUUUAUAUAGAAUUGCUUUAUUUGGUUGUCAAUGGAUUGAUCUUAUAUAAUAGUGAACAAGAAGCAAGUUCUAGCAGGAGGAUUAUUGUUUACCUCCUUUUGGCGAAAACAGUCCAAAUUUCCCAACAAUGCUGAUGGAAUUGCACUAACCCAGUUGUCUAGGUUUGAUUUUGCAUUAUCAGUCAAGAAUGAGCACAUAACUGGAGAGGUAGAGGUACUGGAUGCUAAAGAUCCUAAGUAAUCUUCAUGCUUUGAGAAAUGGUAAUUUUAAGCACUUCUCUUAAUUUAGAAAAGGGUGAUGUUAAAGUAGUUAUUUUGUCUAAUAAAACUAUAAAAGAGAGGUUGACUUAGGACAAUCCUAAAGAGUGAUAAGGCUUAAGGAUUUAGAAGAGAGUUGAUUAAAAGAGAAAAAAGAAGGGAUAGAUGGGGAGAAUUAGACAAAACAUGUUCAAUUCAUAGAAAUCUUAAUUCAAACAAUGAAAGAAUAAGUAGUGCAAAUCUAAAGACAUUGGUUUUGAGGAGGAAGAAUGACAUCGGUGCCUCUCUUUGUGACUAGCUUGACUUCAUUGUGAGGUUGUCCACUGGUCUCUGAUGUUGGUUAGCUCUAACAAAGGUUCUUAGUAGUUUGGGGUUUAGGUAGUAGCAUAAUUUGGGAAGAGAGGAAAGGAAGAUAGAAAACAAAUAACUUAUUGGACUAAUUUCAAUUCCUCGGAAAUGAGACGCAUGAAAGUGUGAACUCUUCAUCCUUAAGAGAUACUGUUUGAGGUAGAAUGAGUCAUAGUUAAUUUUUAUUAUCUUUAUUAUUAUUUUUCCUUUCUUUUUUUUUCCUUCCUCUAUUCCCAAAAAAUAUAAAUACUUCACUUUGCUCGGAAUAUUGGUGUGGGACCAUAUUAAUUAUAGGUCAUGCUUACUUGUUAGUAUUCUACUGUCUCAUAACCAGGAUUCAAAAUGUUGGUUUGCCACUGAUUAUGACCUCAUCUCAUGCUGGUAGGAUAUCGGUACCGAGUUGGACCAGUUCAUAGUUUGAGUUAGUACCCAAAUUGUUUCUCCUAUUUUUUUGUGUUUCAAGCAAAAAUAACAAAACUAGGAUAUCCAAAAAUGCUAGAAUUAGUGCAUGCACAUAACUUUAAUAAUGAAUCACAAGCAAUGUAGAACUAUAUGGACUUGUAGAUCCCAUUAGUGAUUUAAAAAGCGCUAGGCGCCAAGGUCCAAAAACGCCUGAGGCGCUAGGCGCUCGCCCAGAGCGAAGCGAGGCGCUAAAAUAUAAAAAUAUAUAAUAUAAUUAAUAAAUAUAUUUAUUUAAAAUUUUAAAUAAAAAUAUAUUAUUAAAUUAAGAAAAUCUAAGAUACAAAAUCACAAUGUCACAUUAACAAAAAAAUUUAAAUAAAUAAAAAUUAAUAGUAUUAAAAUCAAAAUAAUAUAUUAUUAAUCUAUUAACAGUAUUGAAAAUUAAUCAUUUCAAAUAAACUUAAUAAUAUUAACAGCAUACAGUAUACGUAUACUGUUAAAAGGAAGUGUAAAAGGGUGCCGAGCUUGCUGACCGAGAAAAGAGGAAGCGGCGACAGCGGUGAGCAGCGGGAGGCACGAGCGGCGACAGCGGCAGCGUUUGCGAGCAGCGGCAGCAGGAGCGGGAGCGGCGACAGCGACAGCGUUUGCGAGCAGCGACAGCGGCGAGCAACGGGAUCGGGAUCGGCAGCGGUGAGGGUUAGGGUUCGGUUGUCACUUAUAUCAGUUUUAGUUGGUUCGAUUAAACCAACUAACCAUCAUAGAUCGAACCAGGACCGAACCAGACCUAAAAUCUUGGUUCGGUCGCCUUAGUUAACCUAGGCGCUCACUCGAAGCGCCCAGCACCUGGGCUCGGGCGGGCGCCCAGGCGGCGCCUGUUUGAAGCACGCCGCCUGGGAGAUUAGUGAGGCGCUCGGGCCUCGCCUCGCCUCGCCUGAGCGCCUAGGCGAGCGCCCGAACGCUUUUUUAAAUCACUUCAUCCCAUGUCAAUUUAGGUUUGAUCCUUAUGGAUCUAAAUUUAGGUUAGAUAUACACAAAUCUAGAUUAGAUCCGCUGGGUAGGUUUAGGUUAGAUUUGUGCUAAUUUGACUUAAACCAUGUGAAUCUUAGUUGGAUCCCUAUGAAUUCAUGUUUGAUUUAACCAGAAGUUCAAUUGUAAAAAUACUAUAUUACUGUCUAUACUAAAGUUUAGUGCUAGGUUGCAAACCCCUACCAACUGGUAUCAUUGGUGCACUAAUCAAACCGAGCUAGGGUGAAAUCACAUGUCUGCACUCCGUUACACUUAAAAACUUAGACUUGGGGUUAAGUUGUAUAUCGGUGGUGUCAAAAAAUAGAUAGAUAGAUAGAUAGAUAGAUAGAGAGAGAGAGAGAGAGAGAGAGAGAGAAAAGAAGGUUGAGUGUGCUUGGAGAUAAUUUGUUUACUGAAGAUUACAUAAAUAAAAUUAGAAAAGUGGAUCACCUAGUUUUCUAGGAAAAUAGUUUUUAUUUUUCAUUGAAAAAUGUUCUUUAGAAAAAAUUUUCUCUUGAAAUUUUAUUUUGAAAUAUUAUUAAAAAUAGAAAAUAUUGUUGGGAUAUGGAUUAUCUUGAACAAGAAAAUUUGCUUAAGAGUGGAUAGGUUGAAAGAACAAAUGUAAAAACAAGAAAAGAACAAAGAGGAUAACACUAAAAGUCAGUUCACUUGUUUUGAAUUUAUCCCAUUAUUUGUUCCCCUGUCUUGCUCACUAUUCUCGAGAAUGAAAUUACACGUGUAUGCAAAUGAUAUAUGAUCAUAUUCCCUUUUUUAUAAAAAUUAAUAUAUCCAAACAAGAGUACUAAAGACUCUAAAAUGAUCUGAUAGGAUUUGAUAAGAAUAUAUUGGGUCAAUGAACUGUUCUGGUGCAUUUCCACAAAAUAUUGGUUCCAUCUUGGUGAAAAGCCACUUCUGAUAGACAUUUAUGACCAUUCUGACCUUAAUUUUAAUGAUGCUUUGAGCAUGACAAAACAGUAGCUUUAAACUUGUGUUAAAAUUCCUGGAGGUCUUAGCAAGUUAACCAAAGAUUCUUAAUUAUGCUAUGAUUUGAUGAUUUUUGGAGACAUGCUUCCAUAGGUCAUAGUUCUAUUAUAGAAGAUAUUGAUCUUGCUUCACAUUUACUUUUAUUUGUCAUGAAAGGAUUUUUCUUGUGUCUAGCUUAACUGCAAUCUUUUAGAAGCCUGAUCAAAAGCUUUUUGUCCAUGCUAGCUAUUACAAUUUUUCAUUGGCUAAUUCUCCAUUUGUAGAAAAUUCAAAUGAGCACUUUUUGUUUCACCAUAUUUAUGAUUUGAUAUUUAUUUCACCAUCCACCAGCAGUUAAAUUUAUUUCAUCAAUUCUUCUUAUGAGCACUUUUUGUUUGUUUGUUUGUUUCUUUACUGAAACUACUUGUCUACAAGUAUGUACCAUAGCUUGUUGGCUGAUAUUCUUCUUAACUUAGCUGUAAUCAGUUUAUUCAUCAUAGUUUUAUGAUCUAAAGCUGGUUUCAGUCACAUAUAACAGUUGCAAAUGCUGGUUUUCUAUUCACCCGUAUAAGUUGCUGAUGAAGGCAGCAGAAAGUAACUUGUUGCUACCAAACUGUAGGCCCUACCUUUACCAACAACCCAUACUAGUUUAAAGUCAUUGUUGCUUCUGCCAGUUUACACUCUACAAUAUUAUUUGACCUGAAAUAAUUUUUUUACUUUAUCAAGUAUAACAGCAAGAAGCCCUGAUGUCCCAAUUAUUUCAAAUCAGCUUCACUACUCUAUCGAGUAAAAACGGCUUUGGUGGGUUGAGUCUAGUGUUUAGAUUUAGGAUUUGGUUGCAGUCUACCUGCCUGAUCUCUGGUAAUGAUUGAGUGUUGGUGCUCGAAAAGAGGCAAAUUAUUUCAACUUUCAAGGACUACUAGCUAAAAUUAUUUUAGCAUACAUUUAAACAUUUACCGACGGCAUAAUAAAGCAUGGCAUGGAUGAAUUUGGCAAAAUGACAAUUUCUUGUAUGCAACUUACUAUGAAAGAGAGUUGAAGGGCUACUUCUCCUGCCAUCUCAGUUUCCUACUUUGUUUUUCCUAUUUAACAUAUUAUCCAGUGCCUCUUUGUUAUGAUUUCGGUGGAACUUAAUGCUGAAAUGGCAGUUACACAAUCUUGGGAUGGAAGUGUUCUCCAGGAAAACAACAAGAAUAGAUUGACAAACCCAGCGUUGUCAAAACAUGUAAAUUUCAUAUCUGAAGCUUGGUAUGAUGAUAUGCAGAUUCCAAGAAUUUUUGGAAAACCGUCUUGGGGGUUGUCACUCAACUGAGCUCUUUCAACAUCUAAAGAUGGCAGAAGCAGAAAACUGUGCUCAAAGCUGCCUGCUUGCCUUUUCACUAUCAAGUUAAAAUCUCCUGGACUCCGUAACACUCAAGGUUAGUACAAAGAUUGGUCAGAGCCUUCCGCAAGAACCAUGUCGGAAGCCCAAGGUAUAAAUGGCAAUGCGAACCUUAUAUUAACAUUUAUUUAAAUGGCAGAUUUUUUUUUUUAUAGCAAAUACCAUAUGAGUUGGUGAGGUGAUCAACUACUCGGCUUGCAUAUUUACCUUCAGAGCUUGCUCGUUUGCAAAUAAUUCGUUGAUAUAAUUUUUUUCUGGAAAAUAGAAGUUGAAUAUAUUUUUUUCUGGAAAAAUAACUGUCUUGCACUGAAAUUUUGUAGCCACAUUGUAGAAACCAUAGAGAGGAACAAUAAAUAUAUGGCAAGGCAAGGUUCCAUGCUUUGCAUGGAAAGUGAUCUCUUAGGAAACCUUUGGAGCACCUGAGAUCCAUAACGAAUGGAUCGAAACCUUUGAAUUGAUUUCUCAAAGAGAGAUCCCAAAUGGCAGCGAAGACAAUGAUGCAUAUGCCCGAAGACCAACCACUUAGUGCUACAGAUCCAUCAGUCUUCCCAGCCGUGGCAGUCUCCAACUCCCAAGUGUUAAAGUUGGUGGAGAGGGAUGAACCGUGGAGCCCCUACCAAUUUGUUUUGUGUCACAAUCUGGUGUAGCAGGAUACCAUGAGGGAGGAGGGCUCACUCUCUCUGCAAGCCAGCCAUUCAAAGCAAGCCAUUCAAAGACACUGAUAUAUGUGGUUAUUAUGUUCACUAUCUCUGCAAAACACCCUUAGGGCUCAUCUACUUAUAAUCGAAAAGUUUGGACCACAUCGAAAUCUGAAAAAUACUAUAGCAUCGAAUCUCCAUUUGGCCCAUGCUCUAAUGGCACAUUAAUUAGAAGAUGUUAACCAUCUUCUUCUUGAUUCACUUCAUUGUCAAGAUUUCACCAUAUCGAGAUGAUAUAAACGUAGUAUCGAAGGAGAAUUAUCAAAAUACUCUAUGGUACAUCACAAGAAUAUUUUUUGGUUUCUAGACAGGAAGGAGAAGCAGUAGAAAAUAAAGCGUACAGGGAAGAUAUAUUAUAUAUAAAUGCUGACUUGAAUUCUAUUACUUACACAGUCAUAAAAACACUUUAAAGCAGCCCCAUUAAAUUUGCAUUUUAUGAUGCCUUGUCUAGCAGCAUAGAAGAGUGCUGGAGAAUUUUCCCAUAUGCCACAGUUUCUCAUGUUUCAUUGAGUAAUUUGAGGAAGUGAGAACUGAAGCUAAAGCCCUCUAACUUUCUUAAUGAAGUAUAUUUUCUCAUUAACACUGCUAUUAAAGCAGCUUAAUUCCACUUUACUAACAUCCUCUAUUAACUCACCUCCCCUAAUUACACCACUUAGUAACAAUAGACAUCCUUCUUGUAGGUUUCAGUUGAUAUAGCAUGCAGUCCUGUACAUGGUGACAUCUCUCUCUCUCUCUUCCCCAUGGACUUUGGGUGCUUCAAGGUCGACAUGGGCGACGGAUUGUUGGAAGCAUGCCAUCCCAAUGGGCACCAAGAUUUCAAUUACCGGCUGGAUGAUCCAUUUCACAGCAUCGCCAAUGGCUUCCCUUGUGGCUUCGAUGGCUUCUGUCCUCAAGAUCUCUCUCCACCAUUGGAUGACACAGAGAACAUGGUGCCCAUUGAAGACAUCCAAAGCCUGGGGUUGCCUUGCUACAUCGCAGAGAGCACGAAUGGCGAUCAUGUGGAGCCAGAAGAUGUUAGCAUGGUUUCGAUGACUCCCCCUCUCGAGACUCCCAUCGACUUCAGCUACCCCGAUGAGCUGUCCAGUGUGGUCAACAACAAGCCGCCCCAGAUGGAGGUCGAGAAGAACAAGAAGUCCAUGCCUGCGAGAAGAAGUGGGGGUAAAGGGCAGAAGAAGACCAGCGUGGUGAAAGGCCAAUGGACUGCUGAAGAAGACAGGCAAGUCUUUUCCUUUCUCUUCCGUAUCAGCUAUUGAUUGCUGAUUCAUGAAUGCAUGAUGCAGAUUGCUGAUAAGUCUGGUGGAGCAGCAUGGAUUGAGGAAGUGGUCUCACAUAGCUCAGAUGCUGCAUGGAAGAAUAGGAAAGCAAUGCAGAGAAAGAUGGCACAACCAUCUGAGGCCAAACAUCAAGAAAGAUACAUGGAGUGACGAGGAAGACAAGAUUCUGAUUCAAGCUCACACCGAAGUCGGCAACAAAUGGGCUGAGAUCGCCAAGAGGCUCCCUGGGAGGACGGAGAACUCCAUCAAGAACCACUGGAACGCAACCAAGCGAAGGCAGUUCGCCCGGCGGCGGUGCCGCAACAGGAAGAACCCCAAGUCCGGCAUGCUCCUGCAGAACUACAUCAAAAGCUUGGCCCUGAGCUCCGCACCGUCCACGAGGAGGCGCAAGGCCAGCAGCGGAAACUCGAAGGCGGCGACGGCGGCCGCGGUGGAGGAGUUGAGCGCUGCCGCAGAUGCCUCCCCGAACAGCGACGAUAACUUGGUCCCUGCAUGCGACUUCAGCGACGUCAUGGCCAGCCUGCUGUUCGACGAGGAGGAGGAGGAGGAGAAGGCCGUCCCGUGUGAGAGUUAUGACUUCGGUUAUUUCUUGGACCAGCUCGGUUGCGGUGCAGACAUUGACAAGAGCUUGCAGACGGAGGUGGAGGUGGAGGUGGCGAUGGAGUGGGAAGACAUGGCAGCCAUGCCGCUGUGCUGCGAGGACAUGAAACCGGAGAUGGACCUGCUCGAGAUGCUCUCUCAAAGUAGCAUGCAGUAGCAGCGAGUCCUGAAGUGCAAAUCGGUGGGGAAGAUUUAUCCUUUGAUACACAAUAAUUAACACGUUAAAGAGAGCAUGAAUGAUUCUUGCAAUAAGGAGUAGCUUUAUGCACAGACACGCACUUGUUAUGCAAGAGA